CCUAGCCUCCUACAGGGCGGCAGCGGUAGGCUAGGGCAGCGGGUCGAAGCAACCACCAUCGUCCCUGGAGCACUCUGUUGGGAACAACUGCCGCCGCCGCCUCUUCUUUCAUUUCUUCUGGGUCAGGGACCGUGUCAGAAGAGUGGAAGAGAGAAAAGGAGAGGAGAGGAGGGAAGAGGAGGAGAGGAGAAGAAAGAGGAAAUUGAUUGCCUCCAGCACAGGCUCUGACUGGGGUCGGGGAUGGGACCUGCAACCCAGGUUUUACACAUCUGUUAAUAGACCUUUUUGGAGCUCUGCCAACCAACUCAAUGGCGUCUUCUACUUCUGUGCCUCUGGGAUUUCACUAUGAAACAAAGUAUGUUGUUCUCAGCUACUUGGGACUCCUCUCUCAGGAAAAGCUACAAGAGCAUCAUUUUUCCCCACUCCAAGGAGUUCAACAAGAUGUUGCUUCACAAUCUCUGGAUCAAGAAGUUUUAUUAAAAGUUAAAACUGAAAUUGAAGAAGAGCUAAGAUUUCUGGACAAAGAAAUUUCUGAAGCCUUCACCAACAUAGGUUUUGACCAGCACACGUCUCCAGUGUUCAGCCCUGCUAACCCAGUAGAACACUGCUUGGCUCAUCUUGGAGAAAGAGUGUCCCAGGAACUGAAAGAGCCUCUACAUAAGGCAUUGCAAAUGCUCCUCAGCCAGCCAGUGACAUAUCAGUCAUAUCGGGAAUGUACUCUGGAGAUCACAGUUCAUGCCAGCGGCUGGAAUAAGAUUUUGGUGCCACUGGUUUUGCUACAACAAAUGCUUUUGGAGUUGACAAAGCGUGGUCAAAAACCUUUGGGUACAUUGCUACAGUUUGGUGUGACAUAUCUGGAAGACUAUGCAGCAGAAUACAUCAUCCAGCAAGGUGGCUGGGGCACUGUCUUUAAUCUUGAGUCCAAGGAGGAGGAAUACCCUGAAGUUGUUGCCGAAGAUAGCAAUGACAUUUAUAUCCUUCCCAGUGACAAUUCUGGACAAGUCAGUCCUCCAGAGUCUCCAACUGUGACUACUUCUUGGCAGUCAGAGAGCUUACCUAUUUCCCUGUCAGUCAGCCAGAGUUGGCAUACCGAAAGCCUACCAGUGUCCCUGGGUCCUGAGUCCUGGCAGCAGAUCACAAUGGAUCCCGAAGUAAAAAGCUUAGAUAGCAAUGGGGCUGGAGAGAAGAGUGAAAACAAUUCUUCUAAUUCUGACAUUGUGCAUGUUGAGAAAGAAGAAAUACCCGAGGGUGUGGAAGAGGCUGCUGUGACAUCUGUAGUCUUGUCAACCAGGGAGCUGCAAGAGGCACUCCCUAAAGCCCCAGCUCCCUUGCUUCCACAUAUUACUGUCACUUCCUUGCUGGGCAUGAGAGAAUCUGACACAGAAAUGACUGCAGUUGAGAAAGUCAGCCCAGCUACAUCAUUAUUUGUAGAACUUGAUGAAGAUGAGAUGAAAGCAGCUAUAAUUGAACCUACUGAAAGAGAGGAGAUGAUCCCUAUACUGGAACCCACAAAAACACUGUUGAGUGAAGAGAUGACUAUAAGGAAAAAGAGUCUUAUGGAAGGGUCCUACCCUGCUGGAGAAGAGAAGUCUAUGGCAUUGUCUGAGGGCAAGUCUAUACUGUUGUUUGGAGGGGCUGCUGCUUUUGCUAUCCUGGCUGUGGCAGUUGGAGUAGCAUUGGCUCUGAGAAAGAAAUAGCAUGUUUUAGAAGAGAAAUAAGACAAAAAAGAUAUUAGGCUUUAGUUGUAUUGACUAAAUACAAUCAUCUGCUGGCAGUUGUACGAACUGCCAGCAGAUGAUUGUACAUUUGUGGAACCCUCUUGGAUAGAGAUUUUUUGCUUGAGGUAGAGGGUGUUCAUGUUUGUCUGGUUGUAAGUUCCAAAGGUCUUGGCUCAUGGUAGAUUCUGGAUCUUAAGAGCAAAGUACUUCCUCUGAUACAGGUUUCUCAAUAUCUGCAUUAAUUAUAUCUUGAAAUGUCUUCGUUGUAGGAAUUUGUCCUGUGCAUUGUGUUUAGCAAAAUCCCUGACCUGUACCCACUAAAUAUCAGUAGCAACUCUCCCCCAGUUGUUAAAACCAAAAAUUUCUCCUGACAUUGCCAAAUGUCCUUGGGAGUAAAAUGAUUCCCUCUUAUGGGCCACAGCUUCAGAGGGAGAGGGUUAAUUUAGGAGUAUCUUUGAUAGAAGUUCCCAGGCAAGAGGAACUCGGUCCUGCCCUUAGAAUUCCAUCUUUUCUGAUGAACAUGUUGUGUUUGCAGUCAUUCCUUUUCGGCUUUUUUCUUCCCCAACUUUUUAAUCCUAUAGUCUGAGUAUUCUCCUCUUAUGUCACAGCUGCUUCUCAGGUACCACACUCCUCCUCUUCACCCCCAGGUUUCUCCUAAGAUCCAUUGAGUGUGCUUGCUCUGUACCUCUCAAGUCUCUGAUACUUCUUAUAGUUUCACUUUGUAGAUACUACCUUUAGUAAUCUGUAAAAAGCAGGGAGGGGGCUCCCUACCUAUAAGUGCUAUGACAAGUAACUGACGAGAGAGAGAUCUGUCUCGUUUAGAAGCAGGAAAAUGGCUUAAAUGACCUCUGGAGCUCUUUUGUGUAUGGCCAUCCUAUUGAAUUUAUGGCUAUCCACCAGCAGCAUCUCCCUUGCUGGAUGGUCACUGUCUAUACCUGGGCUAGUGUUUUUCCCUAUACUAUCUGGCCUUAAUGUUAAUGGUCUGCCACCUAACUCCUUUGCGGUCCUUUACUGCAUUUUUAUACUUAGCUUACAGACCAAUUGAGUUUUAACUCUUAUGAAAUAUAGAAAGUCUCCUAAAUAUCAUUGAAAUAAAAAGUAUGAAAAAAGAAGCUUGACUUUCUUGGUUACCCUUGAGUUCUAGUUUGGCUUUUAGGCUUCUUCACUGAAAUCUUCACAGUCCAAAUGCCAGUGUGAUAAACCACAAUGAUCCUAAUUAUAUGUACUAGUUGAGAAUCAGCGUAAUUUUCUUUCAUCUGGCUGAUCCCACCUCUGGAAGGGUGAGAAGUGUCAUUUUAUGCCUGAGGAUCAUGGUGUCACUAGCAGGAAAUACUUGUUUGAUACAUAAGUCAUCUCAGAUUUACCUUAGUAAAUGUAACAAAUUAUUUUUUUAGAUCGUGAAAUUUGUUGUAAAAUUACUUUGCCUUAUCCUGGUCACCAAAAUGUGUUUUAAAUGUGCUUUCUUUUAAAAAUAUAUUUUUAAAAAUUAAAUCUUCUCCCUAACGCAAUGCUAUUUAAAAGUUGGUCAAGAAAAGUUCAGAAGUGAGUGAUGUUUUUAAAGAUUUUGGUGCAUAUUGAAUAAUACAGCUAGGGAUGAGGGGGGAAAUGGGAUUCAUGUAGUAAAGAAUUAUUUCCUUCUUGGGCUCUGACUGUUGCAGUGGAUUACUCUGUCCUAAUUGCUACAUUUUGUGUUUGCAUAGGAUAAGAGCAAACUGGUGUGUUAUCUUAAUCUCCUCCCCCCCACCCCCCAUAUAUAAUAAAAGGGUAUUAUGGAAAUUGACCAAAUACCAGAACACCUGCGGCCCCUCGCCCCGGCCAUCCCUACCCCCAAUUGGCCCCCACACCAGCUGGCCCACCCCUGAUGGCCCCCAUGGGGGCGGGCUGGCUGGAUCCCACCAAUUUAAGAAUUUAUGCACCAGGCCUCUAGUUUAUAAUAAAAUAUUUUCCUUCCAGAGAUCACACUUUUAAACUCUGUAUCCUCAAACCCAAUGGCUGAACACAUUUAAGCACUAAUGUAAACCAAGUUCGUUUCUGAGCUGCUAGAGUAAGGUGACCAGACAUCCCGCUUUUUAACCACUUGUCUUGUGUCCUGUGGGGUUUUAAAAAAGUCCCAAAGAUUUAAAAGAAUCUUUCCAAAAAUCAGGACUUUUUUUAAACGCCAUGGGACAUGAGACAAAUUGUUAAAAAUCGGGACAUGUGGUCACCUUAUGCUAGACAGAGAGAUAUGUGGCUUAGGAUAUUUGGGUCUGUGUCCUCCAUUAAAGAAAAGAGCAAGACAUGUGAUACGAUGCUACCAUUGCUGCUUUAUUUUCCUGUCUCUUGAACAUUAACCCAAAGUUAUUUGGCCAAUUGGAUUUUGCUGUGUAAUGGUAAAUAGCUAUUCUUUUCCAUUGGCUUUCUCUAGAUUGAAUUGUUGAAAGUUCCUGAGUUAAUAGGAUGGUUAGUGUCCAUGUUUUUUCUUCAUUUCCUUAUCUUCUGCCUCUGACAGUGUAAGGGAAUACCCUAAUAAGGACUGCUUCUUACAGCAACUCCUAUUAUAUUUAAAAGAAAAUCAUGUUACCCACCCUUUUUUUUUUUUUUUUUUUUUUUUUUUUUUUAAUGAGGGCUGGUAGUAGGAGGCUGUUCCCUUCUGUCCCAACGUAUAGAGCACCUAAAUCUAAGAAAAAGGACAAUUCACAAUAAAUCCAACUCAAAUGCAGAAUUAAGAAUAUCACCGUUUAUAAUUUCUCAUUCUUUGAACUAUUGAGGAAAAGUUUUUGUUAGUCUUAUAUGGUUUCUGAUCACUUGGCAAAAAGUUAGUGAAUGUUUAAGAAAAAUACUAGAAUUAAAGGAUGCUAAUUUAUCUUCUUUAAUAAAUGAUCAUUCUGAGCCCAAAGAAAUCCAUUUCUACACUGUGCCUUAGGAGGACUCUGAUGGUCACAUUGCCCUCUAAAAAGAAAGCUUUCUAGAUGAAGAAAAACAACCGUUGACCUUCUGGUUCACUCAUUCACCACCCAAAGUCAUCCUUGAUACCUCCUCUCGCCUAUGUCCCAUCUCUUGUAUUAAAUGCAGCUACUACUGCCUGGGUUUGUACCGGGGGAAUAAAUGGCAAACACAGAACAUGGUUUUUUGAACCACAGCUACCAUUAAUUUCCCCAGCUUCUGUGCUGAUUCUCUUUAGUAAUAUAAAAGUGAUGCAUGCUUUCUUGUUUUUUUCCUAAAAGUAUGACAUGUAAACAAAUAUCAUACCCAUAGAAUUUUUCAAUUAUUUUAAGAGAUGUUUUCUAGAAAUAAAAGGUAUUGCAGGUAAGAAAAAUUUUCCCUUUUCUUUUUUUUUUUUUUUUUACACAAACUUAUCUCUCAAAAAAUUUGAGAUGAUUUUUAUAUCAUCAGGCUGGUCCUCCUAAUGAAAUAUCACUAUCUGAACACUUCAUAGGCUUCUAGCCUCUGAACCAAUACCCUCAAAGCAUUCUUUCAUUUAAAAUCUCAGCAAUACACUUGAUGCCUGAAAGUUGCCUCUUUCGUGGAGGACCAAGAUGUGCCAUUAGUAAUAAUAUCCUAUUAUAACUGAGAGGGUUAAACGAUGACAUGGGUUUGAACUCAGAGUGCACAUUUUUCCAUAUUAGAAUAUCCUUUUUCUAAAAAGAAGUGUGGGUAAUUAUAAUUUCAGCAAAUAUCAGUUGAGUAUUUACUAACUUUUCUAAAGUGUUCUAGCAUAUGAGAGGCAAUGAUUGGAAUUUUUCUGACUCCAAGUUUAGUGCUUUUUCAAGUUUUUACUAUUUUUGUGACCCUGCAAAAUAGUAUUGGCAGGCUCUCUGCACACGGCUGUGCCAAUUGCUGCACAAGAGCAACCUAUGCUUACCAUUUUGUGUGCCUAAUUAGUAAAUACUGAGCACGUUGUCCCAAACAAAUGAGAUGUCCAGGAUUAUUCCCAAUUCCUAAUUAUACCAAAUGUUUUGCCUCAAAUAUUGAAUGAGAUGCCUUAUGAAUAAUUAGCAGUUAUCAAUUGCUUUCUUACUUAAUGUGUUAAGUAUUUCUUGUGAACAAGGGUAAGGCAAUCUGACACAGGAAUCAUCACUGAAUGAUUUGAAGGUAGCACCAUGACUCUCUUCCUUUUUUCCUAGUUUGUUACCUGCCUGUUCUAUUUCCCCUGCCUGUGCCAUGGGUUGUGGAGGCAAACUCUAGGCCUUGGUAGACUUUUCAAUACUCAUUUAAGAGGGUUAAGCAGACACAGCCAGAAACCUGUCUUGCUCAGAAGCUGGCAAUAAGUUGACUCCCAGUGCACACCUUCCAUUCAUUCCAUAGUACACUGGGGAAUGUAAAGUUAAUAGUAACCUUGCCUAUAGAAUACUGAUUUUAAUUCAGUCACUAUUGUUUAGUUACUUCAAUAUAGCCCUCCAUGGAGAGUUAGAGUCUGUCAUGUUACUAUAUUUAUUAAUAAAUCCUGCUUUUUCCUUUACACAAAACUAACCUCUACCUACCCUGUCACCCGGGUCUUCCACCUGUGAACUCUGUUUACAAUAUCCCUAGCCAAGCAGCUUUUGCUCAGGUUAGAAUUGUUCUCAGGUAUAUUUGCAAGGCUCUUUUCCAUUUGUUUAGUCGACUAUUUUUAAAUUGCUCUUUCUAGAAGAAAAUAUCUACCCCCAGUGAAAAUCUGAUUAUAUGGAUGAGAGUGUAUGUAAGUAUAUGUGUGAUUAACUUGUUUCUAUAUGUGUUUCUGAUAUGUAUCCUUUGGGGGGGAAAGUCCAUUCCAAAACAUUCAUAAUAAUAGCAUUACUAGAAAAUGUUUUUCAAAUGAUGGCAUUCAUACUGCAUGUCAUCUAUUUGCUUUUAAUAUCUGCAACAUAUUGCAGAUAUCAGAUUGAGCCCCAACUCUAGUGUUUCAAGUAUUUAAUGCAGAAUGAUAGUCAUUUUUUCUUUUCUGAUUAAUUUAAAAACUCAAGAAACUUAAAAUUGGUAACAAGGAACUAUAUAUUAGUACUUCAUUUCAUUACUCUUAUUCAGUCCUUCUCCACAGUGUCAUGUUCACAGAAACAAGAGUAUUAGUAUAGAGUAAAAGGUAAUGUGUGUGACAUGGACCCAACAUCCACCAUCAUACAUGCAAAUGUAACCUUAGGAAACAAUCGUUGCUUGGAACCAUAGACACCUUGGCACUAUUUUUAAAUGUAUGUGCUCCCUGGUUGAUUUGGCAUUAUCUAAGAAAUUUGACUUUGUUAUUGUAUUCUAUCUGUAUCUGUAGAAAAGGCAACUAUUCAACUGUUGAAUUUUUAAGUCUAGUUUUUCACUUCUUUUAAAAUAUAUUUUUAUUGAUUUCAGAGAGAAAGUGAGAGGGAGAGAUAGAUGAUGAGAGAGAAUCAUCAAUUGGCUGCCUUCUUGCACAUCCUACACUUGGGAUCGAGCCUGCAACAUAGGCAUGUGCCUGACCGGGAAUCGAAUCAUGACCUCUUGGUUCAUGAGAUGAUGUUCAACCACUGAGCCAUGCUGGCCAGGCUGUUUUUUAUGCCUAGAAAAACCUGUUCACUCCUGAUGUAACCUCUUAAGCUUGAAUUGAGGGCUAUGACUAGAAAAUGAAAAUACAAAAUUAUUACCCGACAGUCCUUCACAUGCAGUAGUGUCUGGUACGCCACCUUGACUUCUUAGAAAAAGAAAAUGUGCCUUUAGUUACCCAGUUUUGGAAAUUUGGUGACACUGGCCUUUAAAUCGCCUCCAUACCUUUUUAUUUGCCUAUGGUUUUUCUUGACUCUUAAUGAAAGGAAAAUCAAGUUGGAAAAAGUCCAACAUGCUCUGAAUCCAGAAUCUCCUGUACUGUCUGGUUUUUAAACCAGAAAACUAUUCUUUAGUAAUAUUAAGAGGUCCCUGUUCUGCAAGGAAUUUUUCUUUGUAAGGGAUAUGUGCUUUCUUCCUCUGGUCUUUGCUCCCCUUACACAACACUACUGUAAGACUAUGCCCUGAGGUUGCACUUUAAUAAACAGUAGAUGGUUUUUU